CAUGUGGUGGUUCCUUAUUCUAUUGACCACUUUGUGGUCAGUUCCUGUAGAAGCCCUUCCGGAGGACCUACUUCUCGAAGCUCCGGAGAAUCUCGUAACGAUAGUCCCCUGUGUGAAGCAUUUGUGCGACAAGUACUACAAAUCGGAACGGGCCAUCAAGGGAUCGCUGGGACUGAUAUACCUCAAACCGGACUCGUCCCUGUUCCAGAUCAACCUUCUGAAAUCGUUCCACGAGGAUCCACGUCACGAGAUGGGCAUCAUGCCCAAGAACAGCCGACGACUUCAUCCGGAUGCUUCGCAUGUGACCGACAGGGCCAAGAACUACUUCUUGAUGGUACGGGAGGCGUCGGAGCUGGCUUCACACAUCAGCAUGUUCCGGCGACUGCCCACGUUGAAUCCGCUGGCCCAGGUGGUCAUUCUGUUCACCUCGGAGAUGACUCCGGACGUUUUCGCGGUUGAAGUUCGAAAGGCGCUGCAGAAGCUGUUCGACUACUGGUUUCUGAACGUGAACGUUAUGGUUCAGCGGUACAAUACGAGCGUUCUGGAGGUGUGGUCUUGGUUCCCCUAUGAGAAUGGACGUUGCGCUGAGGAGAUUAUAGACAUCCGAAUGAUCGACGAAUGUGAGUACGCUGAGGUGGACGAAGAGCCGGAACAAGAGGAAUUGUUCAUAGUAAUUGAUCAAGUUGUCGAGUAUCCAAAUGAAACAUUCGUGAAUAGCUCUGAAAGUGAGGAUAACAGCUCGCUAGCUCCCAAGAAAACUGUAUGGAAGUUUCUAGAACAGCAUUUCUGCGCCGAAUACGAGCCGAAACUGCCCAAAUACUUCAACAACUGUCCGCUGAAAGUAUCCACCCCUAUCUGGGAACCAUUCGUGGUGGGAAACGAGACGACCGUCGAAAAGGGAUUCGAAGUGCUGAUGAUCGAAGUGAUCACCGCCCGACUGAAGCUCACGCCGGUCUACAAGGUCAUCGAAACGGAACGGGCAACGGCGCGGAUUACGGUCGACAAGGACACCGGCUUCUACGCGGAUCUGAUCAGGAGACAAUCGGACAUCAUGAUCGGUGGCCUGUACGAGAACCCCGUCAGUCGAAAGCUUCUGUCGUCGACCAUCCCGUACUACCAGGACGAUGUGACGUGGUGCGUUCCGCCAGCUCGGCUCGCCCCCAAGUGGCCCAACGUGUUCAUCAUCUUCAACAUCUGGAUCUGGAUGCUGGCCAUCGGAAUCAUAUUCGUAUCCGCAGGCGUCAUCGCCGGUCUCAACACCUUCGAGCAGGGCUACGAAGAGAACUACACCUGGAUGUUGGUGCAGUCGUUGGCCCUUUCGCUGGGUCUCUCCGCAACCUAUUGGCCGCAGCGAUUGUCCAUACGGCUGUUCCUGCUGGUGUACAUGUUCUACGGGAUGCACUGGGAUGUGGCCCAUCACAGUUUCCUCAUUACGGUUAUGACGCGGCCCCGAUUCGAGAAGCAGAUCAGCACAGCGGAAGCGGCGAUCGAGAAGUCCUUCAAAUUUGUUGGACCGGAAAACAGUCUGGUGUUCUUCGAUAAACCGGAUUCCGUCUCGAAACAUAUUGCUUCGGUUUACCAGACGUGCAAGAAUGUAGACGACUGCCUGGCCCGGAUAAACUCAGAUCAAACGGUAGCAGUGGCCGUUUCACGAGCGCAUUCACAAAACAGCAAAAGCAUCGGUGAAGCGGAGAUGUUCUGCUUUCCAAGAACGGCCAACAUCCAGACAUACCCGGUGGAGAUGAUGGUGAAGAAGGACUUUCACAUACUAGCGAAGAUCAACGAUCUGAUCAGGAGGAUCAGCGAGUCGGGGUUGCUGGGCAAGUGGCAAGUGGAAAGCAACAAGAUCCGCAUCGAUACGGACUCGGGCGGAGGAGGCGGUGGUGGUCAUGGUGAUGCGCAAAUUGUGCUGACGGUCGCGCAUAUUGAGGGAGCAUUUUUCUUAGUAGGCAUUGGAUUGGGGAUUUCUGCGGUUGCUUUUGUGGGAGAGUUGGUCUACUUUGGAUUGAAGCAGAAAUAUAACUGGGAGGAUACGACGUUUAGUAGAAUGAUCUGCUAGUCGUUAUCGCACAAAGAUUCAAGUUUAAGCAUGUGAGACUUUGUUCCUAGCAUGAAAACCAUGAAACAACAACAAACAAUUUUAAUAAUUCAGUAGUAUUCAUGGCAGUAGUAUGUCGUAGUAGUACAAUCAAACUAGUAGUAGUACAAAACACAUUAAAGGGUAAUAUUUUCA